UUAUGGUUAAAAUUAGCCGACACGAUGUCAGUUUUCCCUCAGCUUUCCAUGAAGUCUGAAGUGCGAGAACAUCUUUGCAAUGUUUAUCCAAGUAAAGAGGUGGUGUCUGAGCUUGAUAAAGAUGAGGUGUUUGAAGCUCUCCUGUCAUGUCUGUCUCAUCCACCCUUGUUCACCUGUCUGAGAGCCAGCACACACCUGCAUCCACUACAGGAGAUUCAGCAUAGACUGGAGCAACAUUUAGAACAGCAGAAAAGAGGUCCAGCUGUUUACACUCACCCACAGCUUCCAGAUGUUCUACUGCUUCCAGUCCACGGCCCUAGGCAUGUGGAUUUGCUGGCCUCUGAAGUUAUAGUUGGCGCUCAGUGUGGCAAUGCUGUUCUUCGAGGUGCUAACGUUUUCACGCCUGGCAUCCUCAGCACGCCAAAGUACAUGAAAGUGGGUGACGUGGUGUCUGUGUUCUCUGAUGUUGAGGGGAAGUGCACACGGGGAGCCAAAGAGUUCAGGGGAAAGAAGGUAUUUCUGGGUAAUGGAAUUUCUGAGGUGGAUCGCUCAGAAUUAUUCUGCUCAGAUGGACCUAUCAAGGGUGUUGCGAUUAGAAUGACAGAGCCUCUCUAUCAAAGUCCUUCCUUUGAUGGUGUUCUUACAGAUGAGGUCUUUCUCCAGAAUCUGCCGUCAGUGGUCGUGGGUCAUGUUUUAGGACCUCGUCCUGGAGAGCGAAUCCUUGACAUGUGUGCUGCUCCUGGAGGAAAGACGACACACAUUGCUUCUCUUAUGGGAAACCAGGGUACUGUUGUGGCUUUGGACAAAAUCCGAUCCAAAAUGGAAAAGAUCAUUCAGAAUGCAAAGAUGCUGAAGUUGGACUGUAUUAAAGCAUAUUGCUGUAACAGCAUACAUGCAGUAAGCGCUGACCCUGCUCAGGAAUACAGUGCAGAGUUUUGACCGGAUACUAUUAGACGCUCCCUGCAGUGGACUGGGUCAAAGGCCCAACAUGACCUACAGCUGGAGUCUGAAAGAAGUCUGCUCCUACCAACCUCUACAGAGAAAACUCCUCACU